GUGAUCGGUGACGGAGCGUUUCGGUGUCGACUCACCUGCAGCAGGAAGCCACGCCCCAUACCUGGAAGAUUCAGGAAAUCUGGGAUUGUUUGCUGCAACAAACUCGAGUUUUCUGUGAAAUUUCACUCUUUACCUCGAGUUUCUGUCCUCAGGUGGACCCGGAAGUGUGACAGUAAACCGGAAACUAAAGGAAGCAGCUUGGUGUAGAACGGAUCCAGCUUCUCUUCAUAAAGAAGCCCAGUACUCGUGUCUCCAUCAGCUUUCUGCUCCAGACUACAGCUAGAAAGUGUGUUUGCUCUCAGGGUGUGGAGAUGGAGGAGACGGUGUGGGAGCAGUACACAGUGACGCUGCAGCGGGAUUCUAAAAUGGGAUUUGGGAUUGCCGUCUCGGGCGGAAAAGACAAUCCGAAUGAAGAGACGCGAGAGGCGUCGAUCAUCAUCUCUGACGUGCUGCCGGGAGGACCUGCUGACGGCCUGCUGUUUCAGAAUGAUCGCGUGAUCCAGGUGAACAACUCGUCCAUGGAGAACGUUGUGCACUCGUUUGCUGUACAGACUCUACGCAAGUGUGGCAAAGUCGCCAAGAUAACAGUGAAAAGGCCGCGUAGACUUCCUGUGGGUGUGGUGAAGCAAGCCCCGCCCCCGGAGGACCGCGUGUUCAAUCAUCCGGACUACAGCGAUGAUUACGACUAUGAGCCGGACCGACACAGCACCUUCAGCGGACGCACCGACUCCGAGUACGACUACGAGCGUAGCCGUGGCCGAAUGCUGGAACGAGACGCCAGUCCUGAGCGUCAGUAUCGCCGUGACGGCAGCCGAGGACGCAUGCUGGAGCAUGAACGCAGCCCUGACCGCCGUUACCGUAGCGAGCGCACCCUUGACCGAGACUACAGCCCAGAUCGCCGGUACCGCAGCGACCGCACCUUAGACCGCGACUAUAGCCCGGACCGCCGUUACCGCAGAGAGCACAGUCCCGAUCGCCGGUACCGAAGCGAAAACGCUCUGGAUCGAGACUACAGCCCGGAUCGCCGUUAUCGCCGUGAAAAUGUUCAGGAUCGCUCACACAGUCCAGAACCGCACUACAGGGAGAGAGAACCGCGUAUUCCAGAGCCACGUCCAGCUGAGGCGCUCAGAAGAAACGCCAGCCGUGAGCGCUUAGAACGCUCACCUCCACAGAGCCCACACGAGCCGCUGGAGAAACCAGUUCGCGUCCUACUGCAGAAGAACAGACCUAAUGAAGAAUAUGGCCUGCGUUUGGGCAGUCAGCUGUUCAUUAAAGAGAUGACUACUACAGGACUGGCCUCCAGAGUCGGCAGCCUGCACGAGGGAGACAUCAUCCUGAAGAUUAACGGGACUGCCACAGAGAAUCUGUCCCUGAGUGAUGCGGGGAAGCUGAUUGAAAAAUCACGAGGAAAACUGCAGCUGGUGGUCCAGAGAGAUCGCAGGAAAGUUCUGGUUCGGGUCCCGCCCAUGGCUGACAGUGAUUCAGAGCCGGACGAUCUGUCUGAGAUCGAGUCGUAUCGUUCAUACUCCCCUCAGGACGACAGACGAGGACAGCACUCGGACAUCUCCUCACACUCCUCCAAUGAGAGGCUGCGUGAAAAAAACAGGGACGAGCCUCAGAACAGAUUGUCUAAAAUGGGUGCGAUGCCGACGCCAUUCCAAGCUGCUCCGGAUGAUUUUCCACCUCCACCAGAGGAGGAAGACGAGCUUGAGAUUGAGGACGCUCCAGCUCCUGUGCCCAUGCCUGCACCUAAACUCAGCGUUCCACCAAAAGUUAAAGCUCUUCCAAAGGUUCCUCUGAAACCGAGCGCAGAGGACCUGGAGAUCUAUGGGCCAAACACGGUGAUGGUGCGCUUUCAGAAGGGUGAGAGCGUGGGUCUGAGGCUGGCAGGAGGAAACGAUGUGGGGAUUUUCAUAGCCAACGUUCAGGAGGACAGUCCAGCGGAGGUGGAGGGUCUGCGGCCUGGAGACCAGAUCAUGAAGGUGAAUAACAUGGAUUUCCGUGGCAUGGUGCGUGAGGACGCCGUGCUCUACCUGCUCGAAAUUCCUAAAGGAGACGACGUCACCAUCCUGGCACAGAGCAAACCGGACGUGUAUAAGGACAUCGUGGCGUCGGGUCGAGGAGAUAACUUCUACAUCAGAACUCAUUUUGACCACGAGAAAGACUCUCCUCAGGGUCUGUCCUUCAGCAGAGGCGACAUCUUUAAAGUGGUGGAUACGCUGUACGACGGAAAGCUGGGCAGCUGGCUCGCCAUCCGCACCGACCGAGACAACCAGCUGCAGGAGAGAGGCGUCAUCCCCAGCAAGAGCAGAGCUGAGCAGAUGGCCAACGUACAGAACGCCCAGAAAGGAGCAGCCAAUGACAGAGGAGAUUUCUGGAGGCUCAGAGGUCAAAGGGCAGCAAAGAAGAAGGACCUGCGUAAGAGCAGAGAGGAUCUCACAGCCAACCCCGUCACCACUCGCUUCCCCGCCUACGAGAGGGUGGUUCUGAGAGAGGCUGGGUUCCGGAGGCCCGUGGUUCUGUUCGGCCCAAUCGCUGAUGUGGCGUGUGAGAAACUCGGCAACGACCUGCCUGAAGAUUUCGUCAUCGCAAAGAGAGAACCUAAAGAUGCAGGAACAGAGAAGUCCUCAGGUGUGGUGAGACUGAACACUGUGCAGCAGAUCAUCGAACAGGAUAAGCAUGCUUUGCUGGACGUCACCCCGAAGGCAGUGGACACUCUGAACUACACCCAGUGGUACCCCAUUGUUGUGUUCCUGAACCCGGACAGUAAGCAGGGCGUGAAGACGAUGAGGAACCGCCUGGCACCGGGUUCUAACCGCAGCUCACGCAAACUGUACGAGCAGGCGGUGAAACUGAAGAAGACCUGCUCUCACCUCUUCACGGCGACGGUGGAUCUGAACUCGGCUCAUGAUGCCUGGUACGGGAGUCUGAAGGACACGAUUCAGGAGCAACAGAACAAAGCGGUGUGGGUCUGCGAGAGUAAACUGGACGGCACUGAGGAGGACCUGGACCUCCACGAUGACCGCAUGUCUUACCUGUCGGCCAUGAGCGCAGAUUACCUGAGCAUGGACAGCCGUCUUACCGGGGACUACGACGACACGGCGGAUGAGGGCGGAGCCUAUACGGAUAACGAGCUGGACGAGACGACUGAUGAGCCGCAGGUAUCGGGGACGAGCCGCUCCUCAGAGCCUGCAGACGAGAGACCCGCCCCCGUGCCCCGCAUGAAACGAGCCGGGAGCAGAGAAGUGCUGCGAGACCCCAGUCCCCCUCCAUCCUUCGUCCCAGAGCCGCCGAAGGUUCGAUCUCAGCGGCAGGGCAGUGAGUCCGGCAGCACGGUGAGCAGUGACGUCAGCACCAAGCCGCCGCCGCCUCCCGUCGCCCUCAAACCCAGUUUCCUCGCUCGAGGGGCUCCACCUCAGGAACCCGCCACAGGUACUGAAGAUCCUGCCAGCCGCUCGUUCCUGGGCAAAGUGAAGGCCUUCGAGCAGAUGGAUCACCUCGCCCGAGCACAGAGGAUGCUGGAACUGCAGGAGGCUGAACACGCCCGGUUGGAGAUUUCUCAGAGACACCCGGACAUUUACGCCGUCCCCGUGAAACCGAAGCCCGGGGCCACGCGGCCGCCGCCUGUCGGCUCCAGCUCGAACCCUGUGGCUCGCGGUGGAUCUGCUGAAGACGCUGAUCCGUCUCGUCGUGGAUAUUUCAACCCUCAGAAAUACAAUGACACGGAGCUGUAGGACUCCAGCGGCUUCCACUCCUCACUCCUCAUAGUGUUUCAGGAUGGAUCCUGGUUCUGGUUCUGGUUCUGAGAAACAUUCUGACCUGCAGACCUGUCAGUCAGUGUGACGGCUUUAAAUAAACUAAAACUCUUAUUCAGAUGAAAUUAAAUGAAGCAGCGUUACUACAAAAAAUACUAAAAAUAGUCUUUUCUGCUUUUUUUUUUUAAUAUUUGUACACUUUUAUAAGAAACUGAAAGAUGCGACGGAUGUUUGUUUAAUGUAGUGAAUCGACUCGACGGUUGUGUUACGUGUUUUAUUCCUCUGCAGGAUCCCUACAGUUUCUUACUCGCUAAAGCUCACAGCAAAACCAACGACGGAUUUUAAACCUGAGCUUCAAGACGGAAAUGUCAUGAGAUUGAAAUUUUCUACACUUAUAUCCCUUAUAACCUUCACACUCUUUUUUGGAAGAGGUAUCUUUUAUUGUGUUAAUGAAUAAAAUCACAUACAUUCACAUACUGCAUCUGGAUGUGCAAUGUAUUUAAAAAAAAAAAUGGUAAUGAUGAUGAUUCGUAAGGUCCGAGCUAUUUCUGCGUGUUUCUAAUCAUCUUCCUGUAAAUGUGGAAAAUCAACCUUUAACAUUCAGAUAUAUAAUAAAUAAAUAAAACACAAA